CGCGCCGCUGGUUGUUACGCGGUUGUGGUACGUUUUGUCGUGCGGAAAUGUGAGUUUCGCGUCGAGAACGAGAAAAUCGACACUGACUAGCGUGCGUCGUUAGUCAAGGAGGAGGAAACCGUGCCGGUCGCUCGAAUUCGCCGAAGGUUUCUGUCAAGAUAAACACGAAAUAGGAUGACACUCGUGGUUUGAACGAACAUCUCGAUCUCGUGCGUGCAGCCUGCCAGUCGCGACAUGGCGGGUUUUCGAGACGAGGAUAAGGCUCUGUUUCCUAUACAGAGCAUCUCCUCCAUCGUGCAGAUCUUCCAGAACCAACUGGAAAACAGCUCGGAGCCGGAUCUCGCUUUGCUUUCGAUCCUCGUCGGCGCGGUCGAGAAUUCCCUAACCUGCAACAGAACAUUUGCGUCGCAGGAGACCACUGUUUACGACGAGCCGAAACUACCGGCGGUCGAGUUUCACAUCGCUGAGGCGCUUUACACGAAGUUCCACGCUGUGAUCAAGGGAGCGGUAGAUCUCACGGUUUACGACACCAAAUACGCGACCAGAGAACUCGUGAAAAAGGUCUCAGACGUGAUAUGGAAUUCUCUCACUCGAAGCUACUAUAAGGAUCGUGCGCAUUUGCAAAGCCUCUAUAGCUACCUCACAGCGAAUAAACUGGAUUGUUUUGGGGUCGCCUUUGCCGUUGUCGCCGGUUGUCAGGUCUUGGGAUUUAAAGAUGUGCAUCUGGCUAUGUCGGAGGACCAUGCCUGGGUGGUCUAUGGAGAGGAUGGUACAGAAACGGCGGAAGUCACAUGGCACGGAAAGGGAAACGAGGACAAGCGUGGCCAACCAGUUGAGCCAGGUGUGGCUUCACGGUCGUGGUUGUAUGUGAAUGGACAGGCCGUUGUAUGUUCCAGGGCUAUGGAAGUGGCUACCAUAGUAUCUGCUAUAAAUCCUAGUUUAAGUGCAACUGCUGAUGCAGCUGAGGUGGCAUUGCUCCAGCAGGAACUGUUGUGGUUGUUAUAUGAUUUAGGUCAUUUGGCCAAAUAUCCUAUGGCUCUGGGUAAUCUAGGAGAUCUCGAGGAGGCUGCGCCUACUCCAGGUAGACCUCCAGCCAUAGACCUAUUUCAGGAAGCCAUACGAACGGCCAGGAAGUAUUACGGGAAUGCCCAUGUAUAUCCUUAUACUUACCAAGGUGGUUAUUUGUACAGACACGGACUCCACGCUAAUGCGUUGGCGUCGUGGGCAGACGCAGCGGAUGUUUUAAGAAAGUACGAUUAUUCGAGAGACGACGGAGAAAUAUAUAAAGAGUUGCUCGAAAUAGCCAACGAGCUAAUACCUCAUACGGUGCGAGCAGACGAACGUCUGUUACGACAACCCCGAUGUUUCGCGUACCUUCUGAGGUUUUACGACGGCAUCUGUCAAUGGGAAGAGGGCGCGAAUACACCGGUUCUGCACAUAGGAUGGGCUCGACCGUUAGUGAACACCAUCUCGAAGUUCGACGCCGGUAUUCGCGCCCAGGUUAUCAUAGAGUGUUAUGAUGUGGAGACCAAACAAGAGGAGGAGAGAGCGCAGAAGAGGGAGACCAGUCCGGAAGAAACGUUGAACAACAACAACAACAAUUAUUGUAAGACGAAGGAGAGGGGGAACGCGGCACGCGAUUUGAUCAAAAGCUUAGAGUCGAAAGUACCUUCUAAUCCAGCGCCAAUGCAUCCUAGUAUUCAAGCCUUGACCGCUGCGUGCAGCGAGAAAAUACUUAACAGAGAUUACCUCUUGCAAGGUGGUGGAGAACCGUUCGUCGCUCCGCCGGACGACGCUCUGCCGCCUGCACCUUCCACUUCUCAGGAGAACCUCGAUCCCGAGGUAGAGACUGAUUCCGAGAACGAGAGGCCAAGGAUAACGUUGUACAGUCAGAAGAUGAAGGGUCUGAAAGACCUGCUGCUGGCCGAAAAGCUGAACACGCACGCGAUUUCGUUGCAGCUAACCGCACAGAGUCAGGUACAAAUCGGUAAGAAGUCGCGCGGCACCGACGACGUUGGAGUCAGUCAACGUCCUAAGAGGACACGUCGGGAAUAGUAUAAGACCAUCGAUCGCCGUUUCGGUAUCGUGAAGUAUUGAAACAGUGCCACUAGAUUUAUUUCUAUCGGUGGGAAAGAUCGGUGGCGCAAACGUACGGAAUGGUUUCCGUACGUCGUUAGAAUAGUGGUUCUUAACCGACGUGCCGCGAAUGUUUGGCAAUUGAUUAGAAGAAGCAUGAUUUAGAAGACUAUUCUCGAUCCAUCACGGCUCGUGGCCCGUUGAAAACCUGACACAAGUACUAACUAUGGAUAAUUACCGUGAGUAUUUUAAAAAUUGUUGGAAGUGAAGCUUCGAUUAAUUUACCUCGUUUAUUAGCUAAUUGUGUAAAUAUGUAACUGGUUGCCGCUGACGUAAUUUUACGUCAUUUUAUAGUUAUGGAGGGUGCGAUAACCAGUUAUGGACUUUUACAAUGAAUUUUCUUGCCGUAAAUUGAAUUUUCAUUUUUCAUCAUUUUUACGGUUGUUAUUGUAAUCCACCCUUGAUUUAGACCAGUGCUAGGAUUUAGUUUUCACUAAACUCUGCCACGGGCCUGGAAAGAUUAAAAAUCUUCUAAGCUGUGCCAUGAGCUUAAAAGGUUAAGAACCAUUGCGUUAGAAUCUCAGUCUUCGCUCACGGUUUCUUUCUGUUCGAGUGAAUUUCCCGAUCCAAGCUUCUUGCGGUACGAUCGCAGGAAGAUGGACGAUGGUGAUGAAUUUUGUGCCGUUUCGUUUUCAACCCCGUUUGUCGUACACGUCUAUCGUGUUUCACGACGAUUCGAUCGCUCGAAUCGUUAACGCGAAUCGUCGCGAAACAUGUUCGCGUGAACACACGGGACGCGUUGUCGUUUAGGUACAGGGAUGGGCAAAAUGUAUUUCAAAAAGUAUUCGAAUGACGAACACCUUCAUUUGUAUUCCGUUCGUAAUCAUAACUUUUAACGGAACGGUUGCAUGAGAAUUUUGUAUAAAGUUACAAAUUUAAUUAUUUAUUUAUUUAUUUAUUCGGACAAAAUUAAUAGAUUUAUAAGUCCUGUAUCAAUGUUGUAUAUAUAUACAUAUAUAUAUAUAUAUAUACAUUUAUACAUUUAUGGUUUCGAAUAUUUAUUAAAAUUUAAAGAGUUUCCAUCUAUUCUCGAAAACAGAAAUUUAACGAAACUCUAUACAUAUAAAUUCGUAAAUUUAUUUUUUUUUAUUUAUAAGUAUUCGUAAUUAUUUAUAAAAUCGGUGAGUCUAUCCAGAUCGUGAGAAAGAUUCACGGAAAAAUUCGUACGUUUAUAAAGUGUUUAUUUAUUUAUACAAAUAAGUAAUUAAAUUUGUGAAUUUCUAAAAAUAGAAUUUCGAAAUGUGUAUAUAUUCGUGAAUUUACGAACUGUUUGUAAAUAGUUCAAUUUGUAAAUUUCUUAAAAAGAUUUUAAACAAUUUAUAUUAUUUAAAAUGGAAUUAUUUAUUUGUGAAAAUAUUCGAUAUUAAGCAACAAAAAUGAGUGAAAAAUCACACGAACGAACGUCAACGUUUGAUCACCACAGAAUACACAAUAUUUCAGGAUGUUCGUCAGGGUUGUUCUAAGCGCUGAAUAGAUGGAUUCAGUAUUUUAGAUUGUAUUUCAAUUACAAAAUCGUUGAAAUAUGCUCGUCCCUGUUUAGAUAUAGGUAAAAUAUAUACGAACAAGUUUGUAGAAGAGUACAAAAAAGUUUUCUCGGUUUUAAGUUUAAACGUCGAAAUCGUGAGUGCUUGCGUUUUGGUAUUUUCAAACGAUGAAAAUACAUUUGCGUGUAAACGUCUUCUUUCUUCCACAGUGUGUAGAGAGCUGUGCGAAUUAUUGGGGUGGGUUUUGGGAGGCGGGGGUGGGGAUUAGUGAAAGAAGAGACGACGAUAUGAAUCGAACAAUGUACCUAAUCUAUAAUCUUCGUGGGAGAGAGAGAGAGAGAGAGAGAGCAGGUUUUUUCAGCACAGUUAUUUAUUCUGCGAGUAACGAUUAUCGACGUAAUCGAUCAAAUAUCGAUUCGCGCGUCCUUUAUCCUAUUUCUAAUCUCUUGUUGCACUCUUAUUUAUUGACCCACGUGUUUUUUAUUGAGCUGUCGCACUACAAAUAAUUACGAUUGACAAUUGUUGUCGUUAAUGUUUUUUACACGGUAGUUAAACCUUUUUGUUAGUAAUUUACGCUUUUUACGAAUCUAGUAAAAAAUGGGGAGACCACACAUUCCACUCCGUAUGUGGUGCAAAGUAAUUAAGUUUUUUACCUAAGGUAUUUUAAGCAUAAAAAUGCUCGCUUAUUUUUAUAACUAUUUAUUUUCAGAGUAAUUAUAAGUAUAAUCUAUUUCUAGGACUCAUUCUUUCGCUACUUUAUAUAGAUAGAUAUCAGAAUGAACGUAGGACAGUCCACCAAAAUGGUAGCGAAUCACCGCAGUCUUUGACAAAACUUUUUCGUCUAUCGUGUCACAGUAUGAAACGAGAUCGCAUUAGGAAGCUGGCUAAAAUUCAUUCGCGAAAUGGAUCGAUUUGAAGUUGUACCGCUUAUGUAUCCAAUGUUCCUCGGUGUUUUGCGCGGGCGUCGGUGUAACGAAUGCGUGCAGUAUGAAAAUAGUUUCUUCCUUCCGUGUUAAGUACGCGUUGCGUUAAUCGAGGCCUGUUUAAUUCAGAGAAUUUCUCUAUAAACAAGAACAGAGCUAAUUGAAAGGCCACUAAGUCACGCCUCCGAGGCCAACAAAGGCUCACGAGUGGCUCAAGGGCGCCUCAGUCCCGCCUUCCUUGACCACGCCCACGUUAGUGACCACAGGGUGGGGGUAAUGUCCUCUGCCUUCACUUCGCUCUGUCCUCGGACUAUAGAAAGCCCUCGAACAGGCCUUACCCGAUUCGAAUCCAAGCCAGAGGACUGUCGCUGAUCCUUUUCAUUUCCGUUCGCAAGCUUUUCUCUACGCGUUCGUUUUUUUUUUCGGGUUGUCUAUUUAGUUCUUUCACCCGGUGACAGUAUUUCACGAAAUUGUCGAUACGACUGGAGUUUUAUCGUUGGGUAGAAAACGAUUUUUCUAUCGGGCAGCUGUAACCAUCUCCGUACGGACAGACGUCGGCAAAAUUUUACUUCGAAGAAACAACCUUUUUUCCACUCGUUAUGUCGACGAGCUUUUUUUUUCGAAUAAGAAUUUUGCCCACGUCUCUGCGUAUAAAUUCGUUCGAUCGAAGAGGUGUCUGCCCGAUUCCUUGGUCUUGCGUACUUUUUUGCGAAACAAGAUACCAAUCAUGUACGUAAAUAAAAACGGCAUCCACGCGUGUGCGAUGCCGAAGAGAAAUUAUUCGACGAUGUUUAGACGGGUUGUUGUAGAGUAUGUUGUUGACAGGAAUGAAUAUUAAAAAAGAAAAAAAAUAAUAAUAAUGGUCCGAGCUGAUCGACGAUCACUUGAUAAUGAAGGGCGCUAUCUUACUGUGAUGCUGAAUAUAUACUAUAUAUAUAUAUAUAAAUAUAUAUAUAUAAAAUUAUAUAUAUAUAUAUAUAAUUAUACAAUUAAUAAUCGUAGCGAAUAAACGACGCGGCUCGGCGUCGAUCGGGGAACUCCCAUUUCCGUCGCGACGCGGGAUCCCGUGCGUCGCCGAUGUCCGAUUAUUAUAAUUAAUUAAACGACUAUAGAAAUAAACAAAAAAAAAAAAAUACGGAGAUAUAACGGGAGAGAACAAUGGAAUACGGAAAAUCGGAGGAAAAUGAAAAUUAAGUGGAAAAAAAUUAUCCGUCAGUUCGUGGUCGUUCGCAUAUCAUGACUGGUAUUCUAUUUGAGGUUUUUCCACGAAAAUACCCGACGACCAAUCGAGUUCGAUUGCCCUUCGUCGUGGUUUUUUCGACUGUUGGGAUAUGUGGCACGUUACGGAAUCCGCGGUCAAUUCGUUUCGCAGAAAUUGUCACGUCGCGUUUCCCCCUUCCCCCACUUCGCGUUUAAUCGAAUGUUAACGGCGGGACGGAAUCGCAAAAGAAAAUGAAAAAAAAAAACGAAAAAAAGAAAAAAAGAGGAGGGUGACGCGCACGCGCGUUACGAGUAUACGUAGUCCUCGCUCGUACAGGUACGAGGAAGCUGACCUUUAACCGCAAACGGAAAAUAUAUUUUCCAAACAGGAACGCAAUUUCGUAACUUCUUUGUCGUUUUUCCAACGAUCCUUUGAUUUAACGAGGAACGGGACUAAAAGUGAAGAAAAAAAGACACAAGGGAGACACUGGGGGGAUGAAAGUAACAAAAUUUAGUUCUUAGUAUUUAUUUCGUUUCUAUCUAGGUCGAUUUUCAAAUUAAUAUAUAAAAGAAUAGAUAAAUAUAUUUGCAUGUAAUAUAUCGCACUAAUCAUUAUUCUGUCGAAUGUCAAGGAUAAAUUAUGUUAUAGAGGCCACUCUACCUCUGUUACUUUCAGCCCCGGUCUCCCUUAUUUCUGUCCAUAAUUUCUUUUCUUUUCUUUUCUUUUCUUCUUUUUUUUUAACACGCCGUAUUCAGUAUUUUCUUUCCUUAACAGCUGAAGAUAAAGGAGCGUUUUAAAGACUACAGGGAUUAUUAUGCAUAAUAAUAGGAAUAGUAGGAAAAGAUAUGGUGCAACAGAACAGUAUUUUUGUAUUAGCUAUGGGGCGCAGAGGUGUACUCUCCGAUAUUAAUUAUUAUUCGUAAUGUUCGAGCGUUUAGGGAUCAAAGAAUUUGCAAUAUCCGUUUCGGUGUCACGACGGCGAUCAAUCGCGUGCUCGAAGACAAAGGAACACGAGAUGGAAACGUGGAAACGUCCACGGAACGCGAGCUUCGAGGACUUUCGUUGUUCAGCCGUGACCCAACGCGAUGAGGAGAGAGAAUUCGGGAAAGCUGCGCAGAAACGCAGGAAAGAAUUGAUAUUAAUUGAGGGAGAAACAAUCGACCAGAUUCGAAGCAGGAUUUAGGCAAAAUUGUAUUCCGAGAAGUAUCGGAACGUUUCCAUCUAUCGUCUUAUCGUCUUCGUUCGACUUAGUUUCCGGUAACGUCACUCAGUUUCGAUUCCCGUUUGGAAGAAAGUAAAUAUGGAACGAAAUACUUGUACACAUGCUGCAUUAAAACGUUCGAGAUCGUUAACUCGAGCUGAGAGUCUCACGGAGAAGAAUUUGAACUAAUUAUCGAUUACUCGAACAAUGCCAAACUUUGCAAUUGGAGAUAGUCUAGAAAUGGGUCUCGAACGUGUUAACCUCCGUCUCUGUUCGGUUUUUCACGCGCCUCCCCAAGGAACGAAACCGAACGUCAACGUUCUUCUUCUUGGUAGCGGUUCGAUGAACUUCUUCCCUGUCUUUCGCUCCACGGACCUCGACACCCUCACGAAGUCAUAGGUUUUCAGCGGCUCGUCAAAGGCGCGCGCUUGAUUCGAUAAUAGCCCUGGAGUAGGGCUGGGAUUGCGAAUUUCGACGAAUCAUUACCGUCAAUUCAGUCAUGAUCAGAAGUAAAAAGGAGAGCACGAGAAAUACGAUACGACUCGAAUACUUAUCCGAAUGGUCCCAGCCGUACUCCGUAGGUUAUUCGAGUGCAGCUUUUCCGCAAAAAUUGCUCCUUGACGCGAAGUAACUUCAUUCACCUCCGUAAAGCGACGCGACUCGCUUUCCGUGCCAUAUAACGAGGUCGCCCCGCGACUCUGUAUUUCCUUUGCAUUCAGCUGUUCAGCUGAAAAAUACGCGUUUCGUAUUUCUCUUGUACUCUUAGCGUACGAAAGAAUGUUUAGUCGCGUGCAAAACACGUCAAGCUUGUCGGCAUUAGACGCAGGACAGUAGAGGCGAUAAGGGAAAAAGUCGUUCGACUCUUUGCAACUUCUAACGCAGUUAAUUACUUUCGGUGACACCUUACGAAUUUUUUUGGGGGGAAGGGAAAAAUUACUAUAGAGCAGUGUUUCUCAAACUAGGUCGGUGAUCACGCUGAUAGUAUUCCCAAUUAUCGAAACAUUUUUUGACAAUCGUCCCUUCGUAUUGAAACGAUAAAAAGAAUCUUGAUUUGCCCUCGGUAGAUGUUAAGAAAAAUGAAAUCGUAUGAAUAUUUAUAAAAUUCUAUAGGGUCCUCUCGUUCCUUAUUAAAAUUUAAGCAUUUCUACUCAAAUUUAAAAUUGAAUUUAUAUGAUAGAGUCUGUUUAUAUAGAAAUUAAUAUGAAAAUAAAUUAAAAUGAAUAAAAAAUGAAUCCAUUUUUGAAAAUAAUUAAUAGUUCAUUGAUUGAAUUGUCACAUGGCUUUAUAUGUAUAUUGAUUCAUGUUUCAUGCCAUUAUAAAUUAUUAUACAUUAGAGGAUAUAGCUUGUCGAAACUAUAAUUAUGUAACGUAAUAUGAAACCAUUUAAAAUUAAGAUAAUGAUUGGCAUGAUAGUUCGUUUGUAAAAAAAAUAUAUAUAUAUAUGUGUGUGUAUUCAACAUAAUUGUAAUCUUGGCAAGCUAUAUUAUAGUACAUUAAUAUAAAUAAUAUAUUAUAGUAUAUUUUUAUAAGCAAGCUAUCAUUCCAACUAUUAUUUCAAUUUAAAUGGUUUUAUAUUUUUACGUUAUAUAAUUAUAGUCGUGACAAACGAUACCACAACUGUAGUACAUUAUUAUAAAUUAUAAUAUAGCUUGUCAGGGCUAUAAUUAUGUCAGAUACCAUUGAAAUUAAAUUGAAACUUGUUUAGACAGUAGUUUUUUGAAAUAUAUUGAAAUAAUAAUUUAAUCAUUCAACAAUUGCUUGUUAUUUCGUCCUUUGCUCUAUGACGAUGUAGAUUGAAAAUUCAACAGAAAAAUAUUAAUUGGUUUUAUUCUCCUAAGGAGUAACGAAUAUCGAAUUUUCAAUCUACGUCAUGCGAAAUAAUAACAUAAUCUACUCUGGAGGAUUCGAAAUAAAUUUUCAAUUAUCGAGGGUGUCCAGGCAGGUGAGUUUGAGAAACGCUGCCUUAGAGAACGGGAGAACCGUUAAGGGUUCGAUAAUUUUACUGGUACACGUGUUAUGAAUCUCUACGAGUGUCAUCUUCACGUGUUCAUUAUCUACAUCGUAUUCUUUCUCGAUAAAUAGACUGCGGAUUUUAUGCAUUCACGAUGUAUGUUAAUAUGGAAAAGAAAAUUAACCGUACACCCUAAACGCAUGAUAUUCGCAGUUAAUCGAUAACAGAUGGUAGCUGUCGAUCCAUGUAUAGAAUUCUAUUUCCUCGAGCUAAUCGCUCGUCGCUGAAUCUCUUUGAUCGAGGUCUAUCUUCCACAGGGCAUAUAUAUAAAUAUAUUUCAUUCAAACGCGUAACGAAUGUUACGUUGCUGAAUUAAACUUAAGUCGAAAACAUACGAACACGUUAAACGCUAACCACAUUCGGUAUUGCAUACCUUCUCAUGUACUUAAGGAGCGAACGAACUGAUGAAUGUCAGAGAUGGGCAAACUUUCAUUCCGAAUAAUCCACAACGAAUAAAACCAACAACGUCCAGCCAUUUCGUUCGCGACGUUUUAUUCAAUUAAAUGGGUAAUUAAUGCAGUGUAAAAUAUUUCAUUCGAAAUUGUUUAUCGAGAAAACUUUGCCCAUUUCUGGAUGGAAGAAAUGAUUCGCGGCUCUGUUUACUGGCCACGGAACACCGAAGAAGCGAAAAUAGUCGCUUCGGAAGUGAGACUAUCGUUGCAUACAUUCGUGGUGUUAGUAUUGUGUGAGAGCAGUCCCAGAUUUUUUUCGUUAUAAUGGGUAUUCCGAUAUAUAUAUAUAUAGAUAUAUAUAGAUAUACAAAUACAGAAUCUGUUACGCGCUAUUGACAAAAAAUGAAUGGAUAAAACGGCGGAUUAACGUAAAAGAAUUUGUCUGUAAAAUAACGUGGUCGAAUACUCUUGUAUUGCUCACCUCGACGUUCUGACAUGAUACACGAAUGCGCGUUUCCGUUGGUCUCGAACAGGAAAGGGUGUAAUCACAGCUAUUGUUAAACCAGACACACAGAACAGUGAGUCUUCAGGCGUCAUGGAAAUGUCUUGUUUUUUUUCUGUGGAUUACAAUAAACUAUUUUAUUCUAAC